ACGCAUUUAAAAUCUUGAUAUAAAUAAUAGUCUCAACACUUCAAACCCACAUCAUUGUCUCAUCAUCGCUUUCAAUAAGAUGAAAUUCUACGCUUUCUUUAUAUUUUUGGUAUUGGCUUUGUUAGCAAGUGCUAUGGGCAAUCCUAAUCCCGAGCCACAGCCAGGUGGUGGAGGAGGAGGUGGCGGUGGAGGCGGUGAUUAUGGAGGUGGUGGCGGCGGAGGAGGCGGUGGUGGUGGAAGAUAAAUGGCGUAUUCCACCACAUGCAGGAAUAUAUAUUUUUUUAAUUCAUUAAUUUAGGUGUUAAUUAUUGUAAAAUAAUUAAAAUAAAAAUUAUUGUUAUUUAAAAAAA